AUGUUCGAAUUUCUAAAAUGCUGGUUUUCUGCAAUUUGCAAAUUUAUUGAAGAAACGGUAAGGCUUCAAGGAUACGGAGCUAUUCCUUAUUUGAUGGCAAUUAAUUCGCUUUUUUGUUUUGUUUGUUUUUAUGCUUCUAGAGAAGUGCAAUUACGUGUACUUUAUGGCCUUGUUGGUUCAAUUCUUGUCAAGGAUUUAUUAUUAACAAAGAAACGGCAACACCCUAUGUUGGCGGUGCUCUCAUGGUGCUUUGCUGAUGUUUUUAAAUCUAUCUCCGUCGGAUUCUUCCUUUAUUCAGUACACAUUCUAACUGAAGGGGUAGACGAAAGAAAAGCAUUUUUUGCAUCUCUUGCCGCAGUUUUUUGUCUAAUAAUUUCCCCUGUUUAUCACCACCACCAAACAAAUGAAAAAUUGGCAUAUUAUGCAAAAAUGAUUUUAAAUUGGUUAAAGAAUGUUUUGAUAUAUUUAAUUAUUCAACCAAUUUUAUGGUUAUGGGAAUGGACAAAAUUUUUGUUUUUAUUUCGUUGGAUGCCUAGUAAGAAGAGUUUUUUUUAA